AUGCCUUGGUACCAUCAACGAGAUCAAUCAUUAUCAAUCAGUUCAAUAAUUCAACUUAACUGUCCCAAAUCACUCUUAACUCGUAUCCAAUGGACAAUUUAUGCAUGUCAACCACUCUGCUCUUUUCAAAUCGAAAUGGAUCCAUCGGUGACAAUCAUGACACUCAGCGAACUUUUCCUUCCUUCAAGAUCACUGCAUUAUGGCCUUUAUAAAAUAAAAUUAACAGUAACUAUGCAAAUCUUACCUCAAUUGACUUCAUCGGAAGUCACGUACAUCAGUAUUAUUCCUUCACCAAUCACAGUCAAUCUCAUUCGAUUCGGUUCAUCAAUGAUUAGCAUCGGUCGAAAUCAGACAUUGAUACUCGAUCCAGGUUCAUUUUCUCUCGAUCCCGAUGAAGUUAUCUUUGACGCUAAUAAUUGGAAUUAUAUUUACUAUUGCCGAAUCAGUCCUCAAUCUAAUUUUAUGCAAGUCAAUAGUCCAUUCUGCUUCGGCAAUAGAUCAGCAGAAUGGUACUACGGUUCAAACGGCAUACAAUCUUCAUUAAUCAUUCAGCCAGGAUUGUUUCAAACAAAUCAAACAUAUCAAUUGCGAGCAGAUUUGAUCAAUAUAUUUAAUGCAUCACGAAUCUUUACGGGAUAUUUACUUGUCAAAGUGGAAGAAACUGAUUCAAUGAUCAUUUCAAUCAGGUAUGAUCGAAUUCUAUCACUGAGUGAAGAUAAUGUUUUUAGAAAACCAACAGUUGCAUCAUCUCCGAAUCAUGUGUAUUGGUUGAUGAAUAUCGUAUGA